AUGCACAGGCUUCUCAGAAGCAAGGGAUACGAGUUUCCUGCUGUCAAAAAGGAGGACGCAGCGGUUCUCAACCCAAGUGACAAUCUCAAGUCGAUAGAGGAGAUCCAGAGAGAAGAGAGAAUUGCACAGAGUGCCAAGUUGCAGGAGCUCAUCAGACGGGGCAGACCACAAGAUUUGAAGGAGGCCAACGAGCUCAUGAAGAUCAUGUCUGGCUUCAAGCACGACGAGACGCUGGACGAGACCAGACAACGAGUCAACGAGGACGUGGAGAAGGUCAGCAGGAAAGCCGAGAUUUUGGACGAGAUGCUGAACAAUGCCACAAACGCAGGAACGUUCGACUCCUCCGACGAGACCAUUUCCGAGCUGAUCAGUGCUCUGAAAGUGGCCCAGCCAAAGCUGCAAGUUUUGGUCCAGGAAGAGUCGGACGACCAGGAGCAGGUCGGACGCUUGCUCUCUCUGAACGACAAGAUCAACUCAAUUCUCCAAAAAGCCGACCUUCUGAAAGAAGGAGACGUGGCCAACGCUUCAAAAGUCAAGGUUUCGGGGGCAGGGUUCAACCUUAUCGAUUUCGACGACGAGCCUUCGCCUGCUCCGUCCAGCACCUCUGCCCCAGCUCCAACAUCAAACGACGCCAUUGCAGACCUUCUUGGGGACCUAGGAGGACUCUCGUUUGAGCCUAAGAAGGGAACAAGCACGGGCAACGAGAGCGUCGGAAGUUUGGGUGGGUUUGGUGCCAUUAAUUUACUCGACACCAACACCAGAGAACAGUCUCCCUCCGUGGACAUUUUGUCAGGGUUUUCUUCUCCCGUGCAGAACACGGGACAAUCUCAGCAGUCCUCGCAGCCAGCUGCAUUAGACCCAUUCCAGUUUGAUUUCGCCUCUAUUGCCAGCCAAACCAAUACUGCUACCACAAUGGUGACAGACGGCAGCCUAAAGAUUGACUACGUCAUUGACCAGAAACAGCCUCUGUCGCUGACCUUCAAGUUUAGCAACACCUCUCCGCUAUCCACGCUCUCGAAAAUACAAUUCUCCAUUGCGGUGACAAAAAGUUUUGAAUUGACCAUGCUGCCUCCGUCCGGAUCUGCCAUUGGCCCCGGAUCCGGUCCGGUGACCCAAAAGGUCACCAUCAAGCACAAAAACGGUGAGCCUUUCAGCUCCAGCAAAAUCAAGUUCAAGUGCGACUACGAGGAGAACGGCACCGCCAAGGAAACAAGCGGCGUUGCAACAAUUUCGUUCUAA